GUUAUAUAAUUUUAGACAAAUUUAGCGAUAAGCAACAAUUCAUGACAGGUCAACAUUACUUGUAGUGACUGGUACAAACAAGAGCCGGUUGAACCGAGUGAAGUUCCCCGACUAGGUUUUGGACACAGAAAAGUAUAUCCUUUCAGAGUUAUGUCCCAGAGAAAGUUCAGAGUGUGAUAAUUCCAAUCUUAGGCAAGGCAGAGUUACUGUUCUUUGCACUGCUCUUCUACUCAAUUAGAUCUAUCUACUGAUAUGCGCGCGGCACGUCGUCUUAAUAUGGUAAUCAUUUCUGUGAAAUAGUUGUAAAAUCCGACUAUAAAUAAAGAAGUUAUGGACCGGACACGAUUUUGCUGCAAGGUCAUGAUGUAACCUUGACCUUCAAGGUAGCGACGCAAAUGUUGCGCGCGACACGUCGUCUCAAUAUGGUGAUCAUUUCUGUGAAAUAGUUGUAAAAUCCGACUUCAAAUAACAAAGUAAUGAGCCGGACACGAUUUUUCUGCAACGUCAUGCUGUGGCCUUGACCUUCAAUGUAGCGACCCAAAUUUUGCGCUCGACACGUCGUCUCAAUAUGGUGAUCAUUUAUGUGAAAUAGUUGUAAAAUCUGACUUCAAAUAACGAAGUUAUGGGCCGGACACGAAUUAGGGACGUACGGACGGACUGACGGAAGGACGGUCAACCCGGCGACUACUAGAAUAUGCUCCCCCGAGCAUAAAAAUAUGAAAAACAAGAUCAUCAAGGAAGGGUGGCGUUCAAUGAACGCAACCCCCGCACGACCCAGUACGGCCUCGUAAAUCACACAUGUACAAAUACAAAACAAAAACGAGAAUAAAGAUCAACAAGGCAAAGGCGCAGCCCCCGACACACCAAGAGCAAGGCAGCCAGAAGGCACCAAACCAAAAUCGGGACUGGACAUGAUGGCGGCGAAAGGAAGAGGGACACGUUAUGUUUGAAAUGAAGUAUUGAGACAUUAACCAUGGCUUAUACAGAAAAGAUAAAGUCGUUGUUCGGGUCAUUUGCACUCUUCAUUGCAUCACAUCCAUGGAAGUUCUGUCUUAUAGGGUUUCUUAUUAACGGUUUCUUAGGGCUUGGCAUGUUAAAUCUACCACGUAAACAUCUGCUAAACAAUAACAUCGAGGAUGUUUAUAUGCCACGGGAUACAGAAACAGAAAAGAUGGCACAAGAGAUUUUGAAAAAAUUUCCAGAGCACAGUAAAGAUGCAUUUUAUCAUCACCAGUCUAUCCAGCAGCCGCUCUUUGCGGAACUCGUCAUUUGGGAACAAAACAAAGAAAGUAUAAUAAAUGAAUCAUUUCAUGAGAUAUUAAGCUCUUUGAUUGAAGAAAUAAAAAACUUAUCUUUUACAAGCGUCGACGGAAAUGACUCAAAUUUUUAUGAUAUAUGUACCCGGAGAAACGAUAAAUGCGUUGUUAGUGGAGAAACUAUCAUUGAUAAUCUAAAGGAUAGUAAAGACGGAACAAUUCCCGUGAAAUCGCUGAUGCCUAAAAAUACAACAAUUUUAGAAAAUCCACUUUUUCAACUAGCUGAUUACCAAGUGGCAAACGACACUCUUGUCACGGCAACCUACCUUAGAAUCCGUUAUAAUCUCUGUCAUGAUACGCCGAAACAAGCCGAAAAUGCAGGUAAAUGGAUGGAUCGCUUUGUGAGCCAAAUGAAAGAAUCUACCGAAAAAUUGCAUUCAAAAAAUCUGAUUUUUGCAUUUUCCAAUUCGAAGUCAUUUCUGGAAGAAAUAGGAAAUGACACUUUUACCGAUAUACCUUAUUUCUCAUUCGUGUUCACCGUAUAUUUAAUUUACAUUGGUUUCACUAUGUCUGGUGGUAACAUUCUGGCAAAAAGAGCACACAUCGGUAGAAUGGGAGUCAUCGUGACGCCGACAAGUGUUUUGGGAGCAUGGGGAAUACUUAUGGCCUGCAAGGUGGAGUUUACAAAUGUUUUAGGAAUCACUCCAGUUCUAAUUGUUUGUCACCAGAUCAUCAAUACUAUGAUCACUCUAUCACAUCUAGCAGAUGCAAAUGACAUUUCAGAUGGAAAGAAACGUGUUGCUUAUGCUGUGAGAAUGUCCUCAAUUCCCAUCACUGUUACAAUGAUGUGUUAUAUGAUUCCAUUUGCUACAGCAAUAGUGUCAAAAUAUUACGCCGUGGAAUUGGUGGGCAUUUAUAUGGUGACUACCAUAUUGUUUAAUUACGUGAACCACUUUGUAUUUUACACGGCAUGCCUUGCUAUACACGAGCAACGAAUCGACGCCGGGCGUCAUUGCUGUAUUUGCAUUAAGUUGAGAACAAGAGAAGAGCUAGAAGGGCGUAACUGUUGCAUUAUAUGCUGCUGUAGCGGAAGCCGACCAAACUCAAGAACUGACACCGAAAGCUCCAUAGAAAAAUUGACACGAAUAAUCAUGUUACGUGUUUUGUUAACUACUCCUGUAAAGAUUAUAGCUUUUGUGUCUUUACUUGUAUUAGUUGGGUCAACACUAUUUGGACUUGUAAAUGUUAAUAUAGAUGUAUUCCAGAAAAAUGAAGUUCUGCCGACUUCGUACUUUUAUAACUGGAAUGAAGUUGUAGAUGAACAAUUUAAAUAUCGGCCAAUCAUUCAGUUUGUUACAUACCAUCCUAGUGGGUAUUUGAACGAUUCCUCGUCUGUUUUAGAGUUAAAACAAAAGCUGGUUGAUAAGCAACAGAACUUAUUGUCAUGGUCCGACGUUUACAGAGACAAAAAUUACCCAAAUGCUUCAUCAGAAUCAGACCUUUACAAAUCAAUAAAGAACGAUUUUUUUAAAAAAGAAGCAGCAUUUGUAAAUGAUAUAUAUUUUGAUGAAUCACGCUCAGUUAUAACCGCAUCUAGAUUUUAUAUACAGUCAAAAGAUAUUGUUUCGAGUAAAGAACUCAUUUCACUCAAACAUGAUUUAUUGUGUAUUGCUGAGAAAUUUGAUGACAUCUUAAAAGACAAAUAUCAAAACUUUAAUAAAAAAUUUCUACCUAUCAGUUCUGACACAGACAUCGGCUUUAUUCAAGUGCAUUCCCCCGACUUCUUUCAAAUUGAUGACUUUCUUAGACCUCUCUGGGAAAUUCUGAUAUUUACUGGUACCCAACUUGGGAUUCUUUUCCUACUUUUUCUUCUUCUUAAACCAAGUAUCCGAUUUCUUCUUCUACUGCUGAUAACUUAUAUCUUAAUGACAAUGUCUAUUUUUGGUAUAUCUAACUUCGUUGGAGUUUAUCUGACUCAGGUCUCGCUGAUUAUGUAUCUCGUGGCAGGAUGCUUCUGUGUCGAUAUCAUAGUACACAUAUUUUAUGCUUUUUCUCAAGCGCCAUGCGAUAAUAAAGCAGGAUGCCUUAACACGGUUCUCAGUAGUAGCAUCCAAUCGGUAUUCCAUGCAGUUUUUGGAUUAUUUCUAGGUAUAUUGGUACUUUUUGUAGUGCAUUCGUAUGUUUUCGUCACUGUGUUCCGAAUAUCAAUUCUAACUUACAGUAUUUGUAUUUUGUUUACCAUUCUGUGGAUUCCAAGUGUAUUUUCCAUAGUUGGACCCGUUGAUUCAACAUCCCAGCCUGAAACAAUUAGCAUUUACAGAGUCGAAAACGUGUUGGAUAAACGACAAUCACGUAGCGCUGGCGGUAUGGAAAAUCCAUCAUUUGAGCAUAAUUCAAAACAUGAAUAGAUUUAGAUAAAUGAGUAUCUUAUUAGGAAUCUCCGUUUAGAGAUAAUGUAAUGAAAUGAUAGGGAUAAAUUACAUACUUGUUGAAUUUGUGUAUGUGUGUGUGGGUUUUUUUUAUUAAUGUUUAAACAGAAAAUUCAUGCAUCUCAAUUUCAAAAGUUACACGUGUUUCUUUCUCAUAUAUUUUUGUUUCAUUUUUGUAUUGCAUGCAAAAAACAUUGCGAAAAACACUUAAAAGCGAAAUAUACUUAAAUUUCAAGUACAGUGACGAAAACAACAUACAGGUACUUGUAAAGUGAAACUAAAUAACAGUUUAAUGGAUAGAAUAUAUCAUAUGUAAUUUUCAUGAAAAUGCAUUUACCAAACCUUGAACGUGUAAAAGCCAACCUUUUCCUGACAGACGCAAUAACGAAUAUCUCAGAACGGUUUGUUUAGCUAAAUGCAUGGUGCAUUUUUGUGUGUAGACUUGGUCAUUGAAGUUGUAUGAAUGAUCAUUUGUGCUAGUGACACUAUACUUAUUGAAAAAAGUAAUUCAUGGAGGACUUUACAGACUUUAAAUAUCUUAUCAUUGUAUUUUUUGUUAUUUGCAAAUCAAAUAAAGAAAAACAAAAUCCCUAAAGAAAGCUCAACACGAUUAAACUGAAAAUGUUGCAGGCUCGGUUUGAUUGAGCCUGUUCAUGGACGGUUGUGCUUAUUGCAAGCUACCGUCCACAUCCCCUAGCACCGGCUUAUGCAGAAUUCAAAAUUUAACAUACAAUGUAUAUCGUAUGAUGCUUUUUUUUAUUAUUCACUGAUGUUAGAAAUGAUUUGUACAUGUAUCUGUAAAUGUUUGAUAAAUAAAGUUUGUAUACUA